GGACUGUUACAAAAGAUUCCACAUUUUAUAUAUCUUUGUGUGCACUGAUUAUGCUAGAAAAUAAUCAAAUGACUAAAAAAAUCAUACAAGCUGUUGAUCUCAUUUCUAAAGUUGACAAAACUAUGCUUAUUGCAAAUG